GCAGGAGUGGUUUCCCCUGGAAGACAUUCUAUUUAAAUUGUUGGAAGAUGAAAACAAUGAUAUUCUUAGUUUUGGUGUUCUUGGAUGAAACGUUUGGAUGGGGAUUUAAAAACGGUGUCCUCCACAAUUCUAUAUGGUUGGAACAAGCAGCUGGAGUCUAUCACAGGGAAUCACGGAAUGGAAAGUAUAAACUUACCUAUCGGGAGGCCAAAGCUGUAUGUGAAUAUGAGGGGGGACGUCUGGCUACGUAUGAGCAAUUGGAAGCAGCAAGACAAAUAGGUUUCCACGUAUGUGCCGCAGGAUGGUUGCACAAAGGAAGAGUCGGCUAUCCCAUUGUAAAACCAACAUUUAACUGUGGGUUUGGAAAGAAAGGCAUCAUAGACUAUGGAUUUCGGCUAAACAAAAGUGAAAGAUGGGACGCUUACUGCUACAAUCCCCAUGCAAAAGAGUGUGGCGGAGUGCUCACAGAGCAAGAGCGGAUCAUAAAAUCCCCUGGCUAUCCGGAUCACUAUGAAAACGAUCAGAUUUGCUACUGGCAUAUCAGAGUCAAUUAUGGCCAACGCAUUUUCAUAGAGUUUCUGGACCUUGACAUUGAAGAGGACAUUGACUGCCUUUCUGAUUACUUUGAAAUAUAUGACAGCUAUGAUGACCUCCAUGGAUUAGUAGGAAGGUACUGUGGAUAUGAGCUUCCUGACCGCAUCAUUAGUACAGGUAACGUCAUGACUCUAAAGUUCCUGUCUGAUGGCUCAGUGAUAGGAGGAGGUUUCCAGAUUAAGUACACUGCUGUAGACUCAGAAAGAAAUGAAACCAAUGCAUCCUCUGAGCCAUACAACGAAUUUGAAUACUAAUAGCUCUGACCUACAAUUUCUCUGUAUUGUAUUCAGUGUCAAACAACACAAGGAAAGGCUUCAGUGGGAAAUGUUACAUAGAACUUUACACAAAUCCUGUCAUUAUAUCUUGAUUAUCCUAUAAAUGAAGGAAGGGUGCUUUUAGGGUGCACAGUUGUUCACAUAUAAAAGCUGUAUGCUUUUUUUUCUGUUUGGUAGGUCUGACACACUGAUCUUGUUAUGUAUUCAUUUUUUUGGUGCUAUGUACCAGGACAGUAUUUAGCUGUAUAAAGUUGGACUGUCCAUUCAAUGUACACUGUAAGAUAAACCUAUAGCCAAAGAUUUGGAAUGUUCGUUCAAAACGCAACUGCCAAAUAGAGAUGCACUCUAUAAAAUGUGCCUCAACACAAAAUAAUCUUCAUUCACCUACCUGUUUUAUCCUGUUGUCAACAUCAAAGCAGCCAAAUGAGUGGAUAGAAAUAUCCCUCCUAUUACAAAGAGGUAUUAUGAAUAUAACAUAAUCCUUACCUUACUGGCCAAAGUUAAAUGAAAUGUUCACUUUAUUUAGGUGUGCGUAUUAGGCAAUUAUAUCAAUAUCUGGUGAAACAACCAGAAAUGCAACUCACCCUCUACAUUUCUCAAUAAAUAUGUAUAUGGUUUCUGGA